AUGUCCGAAGACUCGAAGGUGCAACACUUCCAAAAUACCGACGAACUCAGAAGAGCAGCAUGGCAGUAUCUUCUUGACAACUUCUUUGAGUUCUCCAGGCACACCUUGGAAAAUGCUGAAGAACUCCGACAUAGAGAAUUUGGAGAAAUUGCACUCCAAUACUACAUUGACAAACAAAGGGUAAACAAAGGGUAA